CUGUUGCGUCUGAGUCAUGUCUGGACGUGGUAAGCAGGGGGGUAAGGCUCGCGCCAAGGCCAAGACCCGCUCCUCGCGGGCGGGGCUCCAGUUCCCCGUGGGCCGAGUGCACCGCCUGCUCCGCAAAGGCAACUACGCCGAGCGGGUCGGGGCCGGCGCGCCGGUGUACCUGGCGGCGGUGCUGGAGUACCUGACGGCCGAGAUCCUGGAGCUGGCGGGCAACGCGGCCCGCGACAACAAGAAGACGCGCAUCAUCCCGCGCCACUUGCAACUGGCCAUCCGCAACGACGAGGAACUCAACAAGCUGCUGGGUAAAGUCACCAUCGCUCAGGGUGGCGUCCUGCCCAACAUCCAGGCCGUGCUGCUGCCCAAGAAGACUGAGAGCCACCACAAGGCCAAGUGAGGACCAAGUUUGGAAACAAUUGAACAAACGGCUCUUUUCAGAGCCACUUCUAUCGUCAUAAAAAAAGGUGACACGAUUUGUAUUUCCCACUGUUUCACCUUUUGCUUAGUGUAAUGAGGGACAGUCCAGAUGCUUCUCUUCAGUUCUAAGGUACCUCCCUCACAUCUCUCCAUAUUUCAGAAUUGGCUUUUAGGAAGCUUUGUCAACAUAAAUGACUUAUGUUACACUAACGUUCAAAAUCACUGGGUUUACAAGGUAUUAAGUUGACUUAAUUAUGUAGGUCCUUAGGUGGAAGUUAGUUUUAGGUUGAGUAACUUUUUGUCAAACCGAAGCCUGUUUUGAGACGUUGGGAUUUUUCUGUGAAUGAUGCACAGAACUCACUGGAGUGUCUGUAGGAAGAUAGUAAAUAUUGCAUCUUGAAAAAUUUGCCCUUAAGGAAGAAUUGUUUUUAGUAUGCUUACUAAAAGGUGCUUUUAUCGCUACCUGGUAGUACAAAAGUUAAAGCAGAUGUCCAGAUACAGUAAUCCAAGCUUGGUUGUAACAACGAUGGUAAUGAAUACUAUUAUUCCAAGAGCGCUAACAGUGGAGGCCUACCGUAUGAAAAAGCAAAAGACUGUUUUCAGAAUAAGGUAAAAUAUUCUCAUAUGUUCAUAUUUCUAUUCAGGAGUAACAAGGUCUUUUUUUUCCGGGCUUUGGAAAGUUUUGGGACAUUUAUGCCAAUUAGUUUUACCAUUUUAAGAAAUUCAGGCACAGGCUAUUUAUUCUGUUUCCUUUUUUCUAAUAUUUUCAAUAGAUUUUUUGACACACAGCUACCAUGAGUUAGACACAAUUUUACCUGUCCUAAAGAAAGUUCAAUAGAAACAUACAAAAGUAAAGCAAAAUGUAACAGAAUUAAGCCCAGGGGGAUAUUGAGGGAACACAGGAGUAAAAUCUGUGAGAGGUAACAUCUGCAUUGAGGAUUAAAGGAAAUAGAGGAAAGUCUAGGGAUUUCAGCAGAGAAUGAGCAUCAACAGACUCAGCUUGUAUGUGCAGGCAUAUAACAAGAAGUUUGAUACUGGCACAUAAGGCAAAUAGAUCACAAGAUAGAAAGGAGCCAGAGGGAUUUGUAGGCCACUCCUUUGAUUUUAAAUAUUUUAAAAAUAGUGGUAACUUUCAAAUCUUUAUGUCCAUCCCAGACAUCUCAAACUUAGACAU